GCAAACAGCUGAACAGGACCUGAACCCGCUUGUGUUUUUCCGUCACUAUGAUGAUGAGAAAGGUCAGGACAGGAAGGCGAGGAGAAAAGUCCAACCCACCACUCUGGACGACGGGAUGGUUCAGAUACCAGAAGUGAGACAGCAGGAUCCAGCUCGUCAGAAGCUUCUAUACAAGAUCAACAACAGCUCAUCAUUCAUAUAGUAUCCUUCUUCUCAUGUUUAUUCAUUAAUAUUUUAAUUCCUCUUCUGCUGACCAAGAAGCAAAUGCAGCGGAAGGCUUAUGGGAUAUGUGUCACUGGAGCUGACCCUUUGACCCCUGUCUCCUCAGCUACCCUUCAGGUGCUAUGGCUGUAUGUCAGAGCCAUUCCGGUCUGCCCUGUGGAGGCUUCUACACCAAUGUCUUCAGUGACAGUGAGUGUCCUGUUAUUCUGGCCACCAUCACAGCGUUUGGUCACGGCACGGUUACCCACCCUCUAAGUUCUGCUGUUUCAGCCGUGUGGGACCAGGAUGGAGGAUUCAUGUCUGACCAGCAUGGAAAUGUAACUAAGGAGUGGAGCUGGCACGAGUACCGCACACCAAGGGAGAAGAUUGUUAUAAAGGUGUCAGCUCUCAUCACUGUGAGGCUGAUCAGUGGUACCUCUGCCAUGCUCCGCUUCAGGAGUGACUGUGAAAGUGUUCGUCUUCCUCUUUCUGCCCUGCCUAGCAAUAACCAAUCUAAGAAAACGACGAAAGGCAAGUUUCAGUCUGACUUUGCGCAAGACCUCCUGCUGACCACAAAGACAAAAUCCCCUCUUGUGAUUGUGGAGAGCGAGACAAACCUGACACAUCUGCAAACAUCUAUGGUCAGGGAGUCGGAGGAGCUGGAUGAGGUGGAGGGGGUGGAGAAGGAAGAGGAGGUGGUGGAGGAGCCAUCAACAAAGUGGAAAAGAGGAGGACAUGUUGGCAGUGAGCUGAAGAGGCUUCAGCUGAGAGUAUGCAACAUCGUGGAAGACUGGCUGGAUUAUUAUCGUUUAGCCAUUGGGAUCAGGUGUCCUGGCGUGGAGCGGAUGCCAGAUGCCCCGCUGAAGAAUAGGCUGAGGAGGGAGAUACAGUCAGCUGUUCUGCCCUCUCUGAAACCAUCCGAGUGGGCAGAUGUUAAACUAGUGCAGCCUGAGGAUGGCAGGAAUGAGUUACAGAAGCUGCAAAGACAUCUGUCAGCGCAAGCAGAAAGAGCUCCGGACUCCUGCGUCAAGCUGCCAAGGUCAGUGGUUAUUCCAAACAGUCCAGAUCUGCAGCCCUCUGCUGUCCCCCUCCAUCCAGCCCAACCACCAUUCACCCCCUCCAUCCCCCUCACAGUGUGCCCUAUGCUGCUGAGAGAUGAGCUGCUGGGGGAGGGGGGCCGCAGGCGGUGCUGCUGCUGCAGCGCUACACUGAUGCCAGCUUUGACGGACCUGGAGUAUGAUGCCUUCAUUAUGGGCCAGCCUCUGCACAGUCAACAGAUCCUGGUGGUUUGUGUGACUCCGCCGCGCCAACCAGUCAACACACAUCGACAGCAAGAGCAGGUUGUGCUGGAGCAGCUUUACAGGACGAGGAACAAGCACAGAAACAUGCCAUGUACUCAGUGCCAGAUGGAUUCAUUUCGCCUGCUGAGGUAUGAGAUGUCAACAAGGAAGCCCAGCUGUGAAGAGGAGAGGCUCCUGCUGCAGCAGCGACACAACGUAGCUCCUGGCAUGGUCCUGAUGUACAUCAGAGGGAAGCUGCUGUUUGUGGGCUACGUGUUCAGUGAUCACAGCUGCUCUGUCAGGGACCUUGAAAAUCAAAUCUCCAGAACCAGGGGAGACUACAGAUUAAGUCUGAGCCUCCCUUCAGACUACAAGUUCAGUGAUACAGUGAACGCCUCUGCAGAAAAAUAUGAACACAACUCACAGGAUGAAACACUAAAAGAAAGGACAGACGUCAUACUGACCACUUCAGUGGAAAAGGAAAAGGUCAGGGAGAGAAAAAACAGUCGAGUCGUUCAGGAAUCACAGCAACAACAAAGGGACUUUUGUAUCAAACCAAAAAAGACUCAGACACUUCCUCAUAUUCCUGUUAAUACACACUGAUUGUGCUCCAGGGAUGAGUUCAAAUCUGUGUGUGUCAUUUGUAGUCUUUAAAUCGAACCAAAGUCUUCAAACUGUGUACUUAAGGUUAAUGUGCAAUCAAACUGCAAACGCCUCAUUUCGCCUGCUCUGCAUGUUGGCAGCACUGAUUACUCUAAUCUGUAACUGAACUACAAAAUGUCUCUCAACUUUUGGCAGUAUCCUGUUUUACCCUGGCA